AUGUUUGUGCAUCCAACGAUCUUGCGCCAUUUAUUCGUUGUCAAGUCCGUGGCGACAACUGCUGGCCUGUUUGGUGUGAUGGGAUGGGCCAUUCACAUGAACGGAGGAACUCUAGGCGAUUUUGACUUUGGAGGGAAGUCCCUGAGUGGCUCUGCACUUGUGUGGCCCAUGAUUCAGGCUAUCAACAGUGUCAUGGCAGCACUGUGCCCGAUUCUUGUUAACCAACCCGAUGUUGCCCGGUAUGCUACAAAGCCCGCACAGGCAACAUGGUCUCAGGCUACCGGUAUCCUUGUUAGUAAGGUCUUGGUAAUGUUCCUGAGCUGUGCGACAACCAGUGCUGCUGCAGGAUUUCUCGGCAAGAGCUACUGGAACGUAUGGGAUCUCUACAACGCCAUUCUGACCGAGUACUGGGGCCCUGGGGCAAGGGCAGGAAUGUUCUUCGCGUCCGCAAUUAUGAUUGUCGACUACUGGAUGUUGCGCCGCGGCAACUUUCAUGUUCCGAGCUUGUACACCAAAUAUGCAGGAUCUCCAUACGCAUAUCUGAACGGUUGGAACCUUCGGGCUAUUGCUGCUUGGGUUGCCGGUGUGGCAUUCACAGUUCAUGGUAUCGCGGGAAGCCUCGACCCAAACGCGGUCAAUCAAGCCAGCAAAAACGUGUACAAGCUUGGGUUCUUGUUGUCCCUCACGAUGGGAGCGUUAGUGUACCACGUGGCUUGUCUGAUUUGGCCGCCACCUAUUUACCCCGAGGGAAGCGAGUCUGAAGCGACGAUGGGCUUCGAGGAUAUGGCCUCCUCAGAAGGCUUCUUUGCGGGCGAAAGCGUUGACACAAUCCGAGGAGUUCUUUCAGCCGUUGAGAGCGGAAACGUAGGCCAAGUUGAGGGAAAGGGUACAGGGACUGAGUCCGUCAGCGAGAAGAACAUGGUGUAA